AUGGCGGCGCUUCAUCCGCGGCACCGGUGGAUGGUGUCGCAAGUCGUCGCGGCGUUCAAUCUCGAGGACGAGGAGACUGCCGUCGAGUUCGCUUUCCGCGGACAUUUCUUCUCCAAGAUCGAAAAACUCCUCUCGGGUUUCAGCCGGCGCCAGUACAUCAUCUUCGUCUACCAAGAGCCUAAAGAUGGAAAGUCUGCGGCCAGCGACUCGAGUCUCGACGCGAAGCUCAUCUGCACCGACGGGACGGAGUCUGGCUUGCAUGCGCGGGCGAUCUACUUUUUGAAAACGACGCCGCGAGGCAAACCCGUGAACGUGAACGUCGCAUCCGACGCAGAAGUUCUCUUCGGCGAGAUCGCCAGCACGCCGCUCUCUAGUCUCAGCGUCAUGCUCUCAGAUGUCUUCCUCCCCGUCGUCGAGCGCUUCACCGAACAGGAGUGGAAAAGUUGUCGGAGCGAGCAGCGCCGCGAGUUUGUCGGCGGUUUUCGGAGCUUUUGCAAAGAUCUCUCUGGAGCGGUGCACUCGCUGUCCUGCGGCAUCGAUUUGCGCAAACCUGACUCUGCGAAAGUCUCCGACGAUGCGCGCAGAGACCCUGCGCUGGCUGCAAAGAACCCCGAGACAGUUCUUCACUUCGAGGGCUUGCUCGAAGACUGGUGUCGCCAGAUUGAGCGGUACCUCGAAACGUCCCUGGAGCAGAGUAAUGAGCCGCCUGACGCUGGGCCGCGGAGCGAGAUUGAGUACUGGCGCAACCGCAUGCAGAGACUCAACUCGAUCACAGAGCAACUCAAGAGCGACAGCUGCAAGUUUGUCUUCGAGACGCUCUACGCCGUCAGCAAGACAAACGCAGAAGUAACGCCGAAGUCGCGGCAAACAGCUUUCCACGCGCUGCGGCGAUGCAGACAGAUCGACCUGGUUAUCACGGAGGCGUUCAACGAGGCGAAAGACAACGUCAAAUACCUCAGCACGCUAGAGAACUUCAUCGAUCCCCUCUACACAGGAACUCCACAGCACAUCAUCGACAACCUGGCAGCGCUCAUGAACGCAGUCACGAUGAUUCACUCGAUUUCGCGCUACUACAACACCAACGAGCGCAUGACGAGCUUCUUCAUAAAAAUCACCAAUCAGAUGAUUGCGAACUGCAAGAAGGGCGUCCUCGAGGGUGACCACUACGACAAGCUGUGGGAUCGCGAGCCUGAGGAGCUGAUUCGAAAACUGGAGGCCUGUUCGCGGCUGAACGAAGCGUACCACGAGCACUACCGCAUCACGAAGGACAAGCUGCUUACGACGCCGAAAGGGAAGCAAUUCGACUUCUCCGAGCAGCAGAUCUUUGGCCGCAUGGAUCUCUUCUGCCGACGCGUCCUGAAGCUCAUCACACUCUUUUCGAUUAUCCGCCAGUUCCAGAGCAUCUCGCGUCACCGCUUCGAGGGCUUGGAAGUCUUCGUUGACCGGUUCAAGCAAAUCCUUGCGGAGUUCCGUUCCAAGCGCCACGACAUGCUUGACUUCACAAACAACCGAUUUGAUCGCGACUUCGUUGAGUUCACCGUGCGCGUCGCCGACCUCGAGACCGCGCUGCAGCCCUUCAUCAACCAAUCUUUUGAGUCAACGACGUCGAUCGAUGCCUCACUCCAGUUGCUCAAGAAGUUCCAGUCCGUCGUCCACAGCGAGAAUUUGAAGAGCGAGUUAAAAAACAAGAUCACAAUCAUUUUUCACCGAUACGGCUGGGAGCUUCAGCAAAUCCAAGAGCAGUAUGAGCGCCUGCGCACGAAUCCGCCCCUCGACCGCGACAUGCCCCCGAUCGCAGGGAGCAUCGUCUGGGCUCGCCAUCUCCUCAAGCGUAUCGAGGGUCCGAUGAAAAAGUUUGAGGAGCAUCCAUUCGUGCUCAGCUCGCGCGAGGCGAAGAAAACCGUCCGUCUGUAUAACAAGGUCGCCGCGACGCUGCUCGAGUUCGAGUUGCUGUGGUACCAGACAUGGAAGGACUCGAUUCCUGCGGCGCGCGCGCAUCUGCAGGCGACGCUGCUUGCGCGGCACGAGACGACUGGAAAGCUCUUUGUGAAUUUCUCGCCGCAGAUCGUUCAGCUCAUCCGCGAGACGAAGGCUCUCGACCGGCUGCGCCUCAACUUGCCCGAAGACGCGAAACUCGUUCUCCUGCGAGAGAAAAAACUCAAAAACUACUUCCAAGACUUCACCCACGUGCUCGAGGAGUACCGCCGCAUUUCGUCGAUGAUUAGACCUAUUACCGCGGCACUGCUGCAGCCGCAUCUGAACAGCGUGGAGAAGCUGCUGAAACCUGGAGAAACCACGCUCACAUGGAUCUCGAUGAACAUCGAGAGCUAUCUGCAGAGUCUCUACGCCGGCCUCGCGAAGCUCGAACAGCUCGUCGUGACCGUCAACGACAUCGUGGAGAACCGCAUCGACGGAAACCUGCAGGCGCUGUCGCGCGUGAUGAUCGUCCAGCUGCCGGCGCCCGGCGCGACGAUCUCGCUGCAGAGUUUCGUCGACAUGCAAGAUGCCCACGUGAAGCAGACAGCCGCGCAUCUGAACGGGCGAUCGGUGGAAAUCGAGAGCGCAGUCUACGACUUGGUUCGCGCGAGUCUGGCCUGCCCGCUCGAAAAGGACGUGGAGCCAGUGCAUCAGGAGGAUAUUUUGAAGAUCAAGAAGCAGUAUCAAUGGAACUUUUACUCGUCCCUCUUGAAGGCCACGAAGACGUCGCUCUUCUGCCUCAAAACCCGGCUGCAAGCUCGACCUAGGAAAUCGGGUGCGUCCUAA